CGUCUCGAAAACAAUAGGAACAUUUCUACAUGCUGCUGAAAUGUUGAACCAGAAGUCCCGAGGCAUGUUUUUGUUUAAGGUCAGCAUGGUACGAUUAUAAUAGGUGUUUACUGCAUAAUGUGAGCCUGCAUGAAAAAGGGAAAGUGGCUAUUGUUUGUGUAGCCAGUGGUCAUUUGAGUCUAAAGGCCAUUUGAUUGCUAUGUGGGGCGAACGUACCUGUAAUUUUGGUCAAGUGCUCACGCUGCAGCAGGAGAAGAGAAAGACGGAGGAAGAAGUCGUUGUUGCUGUUGUGUUGUAGGAGUUUAAGUCGAGGCAAAGAAAUGAGCAGGAUUCCUUCAAACUCAUCUGGUAUGUUAGGAGAUAGUGUUAAAACGAAAGUGAGAGCAGAAGUGCCAAAAAUGUGAUGACUUUCUGCUUUCAGAAACCUCCGGCUGUAGGAAAUCGUGACAGACACCUUUCACCGUUAUCUGACAAUUUAUAGACUAAACGGUUAAUCAAAUGAAUUCGAAUAAUGAUAAUAAUGAAAUAACAUUAUGUAAAAUGAAAGUUUGUGUGUUCAUGUAUGUCGCUGCGAGCUGUGUGUGUGUGGUGAGUGUAUUCAGGCUGGCAGAGGUGCUUUUGUCACAGGAUCUGUGUGUUGUGUAAAGCGUUGUGCUCUCUGGCAGCCAGGCAGACAACAACAGAGUGGAGAGCGUGCUGCGACCUGCCCCAACUCUCCCACACUGCACCUUAGGUACCUUCCAGGUGCUACAGCACACAUUCACCCUCCUGCUCCUCAUCAUCCUCCUCCUUCUCUACGGACAUCUUUGGGAAUGGGCCAGCACCUUGCCAGGGUGCAUCUUUCCACCCGGUGGUGUGGCUGGCGUCGUGCGAGAGUGAGGAGGGCAGCGGCCAGGUCGUAGAGCCCGCCCACCCCUCUCUCCGCUUGCUUGCUCCCAACUGACUUUUGACCUUUGACUCAGCCGUGACCUCCAGCCAGCCAUGCCCUUCCGGCUGAAGCUGCGGCGCACUCGGCGCUACAACGUCCUGAGCAAGAACUACUUUGUGACACGGAUUCGCCUGCUGGACAGCAAUGUGAUUGAGUGCACUCUGUCGGUGGAGAGUACAGGACAGGAAUGUCUUGAGGCGGUGGCCCAAAGGCUGGAGCUGCGUGAGACUCAUUUCUUCGGACUGUGGUUCCAUGGAAAGACCCAGGCACCGGCCCAUCGGUGGGUGGAGCUGGAGAAACCCCUCAAGAAGCAGCUGGACAAGUUUGGCAAUGAGCCGCUACUCUUCUUUGGGGUCAUGUUCUAUGUGCCCAGCGUUUCCCGACUCGAGCAAGAAGCCACCAGGUAUCAGUAUUACCUGCAGGUGAAGAAGGAUUUGCUGGAUGGACGUUUCCACUGCGCCGUGGAGCAGGGGAUCAGACUAGCUGGCCUAGCAGUACAAGCUGACUUCGGAGACUUCACUCAGUUCAUGUCUCAGGACUUUCUCAGGGAAUAUGUGCUCUUCCCAGAGAACUGGCAAAGUAGUGACGAGGUGCUGGAAGAGUGGACCAAGAAAGUUGCUGAGGAGCACAAGAGUCACUGUCGAAUGCAGAACGCUGAAGCAGAGCUGCUGUACAUCAAGGAGGUGGAGAAAGUGGAAGGUUUUGGUCAGGAAAGCUUUCCUGCUAAGGACAACUACACCAAUGAUAUUUUCAUUGGCGUGUCCUUCCAUGGGGUGUUUGUCAAACACAGAAAUGGCAGAUACAUCAUGCACCACAAGUGGAAGGACAUCGGCACCAUAGCGCACAACAAGUCAGCCAUCACGGUGGAGAUAACAAGCAGAGACGACACCAUCAUUUUUCACAUGGAGGACAUGGAAAUGGCCAAGUACAUCGCUCGCCUUUUCACGGCCAGACACAAGUUCUACAAACAGAACAAGAUCUGCACAGAGCCCACUCACUCACCUGCACCAAUCAGGAGGAGACCCACCUGCCCCCACCGCAUAUCUCUGCAGCGGCCCCAGUCCUGUAACUUCCAGUCAAUGCAUUCCCAGUACGGAGAGCAUUAUCAGGACACACAGAGCUCUCAAGACAGUAUCUUCCAUGACGACCCAUACUACAAGUCAGAGACCAGUCUGGACCGUUGCCCAGUGGAUUUUCCCUUCCGAAAUGGUACUGUGCCCAAUGGAAGCAUGUACAGCAGCCCCAGCUUGAGCUCGCUCAAUCAUUCCCAGACUUUUGUCCCGCCCUCGCCCAUGUCCUCCAAUCUCAGCAUCCCCGGCAGUGAGCUCAUGCGCCCUGACUACAUCCCCAGCCACCGUCACAGCGCCAUAAUUGCUCCGUCCUACCGGCCCACGCCUGAGUACGAUGCUGUCAUGCGGCAGAAGCGACGCAUGCUCCCUGCUCACCAUGACCUCCACAGCCAGUCGCUGCGCAGUCUGAACAUCAGCAAUGCGUGUGCUUACCGCCAGCCUGAGCCUCUGGUGUACAGCCAGCCAGAGAUGCGGGAGAGGGGCCCUUAUCAUGGCCUUGGGCCCAGUCCGGGACAGUACACACCACAGAUCAGCUACAGUAAACCUGUGUCACAUGGCCCUCAUCAGGGGGGACCAGCCAGCGGCCAGGGCCCCUGUCAUUCACCCUGUAUAAAUGGAGGUGGAGGCAGUAGCGGGGUUGGAGGUGUAGGAAGCUCCAUCUCUCACACUGUCAGCACCCCUGAGUUGGCCAAUACCAAACAACAGGGGACUAACGCGGGAACCUAUGCAGCUACAGCAAACAUGCUGAGAAACCACAUGUCGCGGCCUCCUCCGCCUUAUCCUUCCAGCUCCUUCCGCCCAGCCACGAGCACGCCGGACCUCGCCAGCCACCGUCAUCGCUGCAUCGGGGGCAGCAGUCCGGAGCUUGUUACCCGUAUGGUGCAGCUGUCAGUCAAGACCUUCCAGCCAGACAGCUCGGCUGUGGUGCACCAGUCCCUGCAGGAGGUUAGCGAACCUUUAACUGCAGCUGCAAAGCACCGCUCCACCCUGGGCAAGAGACACAGCAUGGAGGUGAUCAGCAGCAAGAGAGCAGGUGGAGGAGGAGGCAUGGAAGGCAUGGUGAUGAAAGGCAUGAACGCUCCCCUUCUUCGGAGGAACACUCUCAGAGAACAUGUGAUGCCCCCUCAGCCCCAGUCCAUUCCACAGCCUCAGCCCCAACCCCCUCAGCCACAACCACAGCCGCAGCCUCAACCUUCACCUCAACAGCCACAGGAGUUGCCCAUCCAGAUACCUGCCCAGAAGGCCCCUGAGACUUCUGUAGUGUCACCUGGGCCAGUGACCUACCAGCAUCAAAAGACUCUCUCCAAUGCCACCAUGCUCAUACACAGUAGUGAGAGUGAAGAAGAGGACGAAGAGGAAGAGGAGAGGCCUGAGCUGGAUGUUCAAAUCCCAGGUCUGAAUGAAGACAUCAGUAUCAGCGCUCAGCUCCAGGCUGCCCUGGCCAAGCUGCCCAACAAGCCCCCUCCAGAAUACCCUGGUCCUCCUAGACCUCCUAGCAAUGCUCAAAUCCGCACAUACACCCACAAUCACAACCACACUCACCAUCACAACCACAACCAAGGACCCCACAGCAACCAGGGACCAAUGGACCCAAACCAAGCCCAGGGACGAGCCCUCAAAACUGGACAGAGCUCUAAUGGGCCUGUAGGUGGUAGUGGUGCAGGUGGCGGUGGAGGUACAUUGACCCGAGGGGACCAGGGUGGGGUGAAUGGAAUGGUUUUAGGUCCAUCAAUUUCAGAACCGGACCUGACCAGUGUGAAGGAGAGGGUGAGGAAGGAGCCGGUCAAAGAGAGGCCAGUGUCAGAGAUGUUCUCCUUAGAAGACAGCAUCGUCGAGAGGGAAAUCGCUCAGAGGACACUGGAAAGACAGAAGAUGUCCGUGGACUCCAUGAAGAGGCCGCUGAUGAUGGCCGCCCUCAACGGCCUGUACAUGGCCCGAAUGCCUGUCCCAGAAAGUCCGGCAGAAGAAGGUGCCAAGGCUGCCACCGACGAACGGUGUAAGACCUUGGAAUUGAAGCUGGAAGAGGAGCGGGUCUUCACUGAGUAUGAGCAAGUUCCCAAGAAGAGGACAGACUGUGUUCUCACCACGGCAACUUUGCCCGAAAACACAGAGCGCAACCGUUUCCGUGACGUUGUUCCGUACGAAGAGAAUCGGGUCGAGCUUGUCCCAAACAAGGAGAACAACACAGGCUACAUCAAUGCCUCGCAUAUCAAGGUGAUGAUCAGAGGGGAGGAGUGGCACUACAUUGCCACCCAGGGCCCGCUUGCCAACACCUGUGCCGACUUCUGGCAGAUGGUGUGGGAGCAGGGGGUCAACGUCAUCGCCAUGGUUACUGCUGAGGAGGAGGGCGGCAGGUCCAAGAGUCACCGCUACUGGCCCAAACUGGGCUCCAAACACAACUCGGCCACUCACGGAAAGUUCAAGGUGACCACCAAAUUCCGCACCGACUCAGGCUGCUAUGCAACCACGGGGUUAAAGGUCAAACACCUGCUGUCUGGCCAGGAGAGGACGGUCUGGCACCUGCAGUACACUGACUGGCCUGAGCAGGGCUGUCCCGAAUACGUCCAGGGAUUCCUUGCCUACCUAGAGGAGAUCCAGUCUGUGAGGAGACACACCAACUCCAUGCUGGACACCUCAAAGAGUCUCAAUCCACCUGUGGUGGUGCACUGUAGCGCCGGGGUGGGUCGCACCGGAGUGGUCAUCCUCACUGAGCUCAUGAUCAGCUGCCUGGAGCACAAUGAGCCAGUGGAGGUUCCCACCAUGUUGUCAGGGCUGAGGCAGCAGAGGAUGCUGAUGGUGCAGACCAUUUCCCAGUACAAGUUUGUCUACCAGGUCCUCAUCCAGUUCCUCAAGAACUCCCGCCUCAUCUGAGCCCCUUGACCCAACAUGGCCUGGCAGAACGGCACCACAUGAUUACAGCGGUACUUCAAAUGAGGACUGAACGACAGACACAGGAUCACUGAAAAGGUGGUUAGAAGAUUCAUGUUGAGUUUUCCACGAGGCAGUUUAUUUAAAUUCCAGUGGAUUUUCCUACAAAUUGUUGUACAAAUUGUACUGACGACCAUUUCUUCAAAUUCAGAGGGAUUUGGUUGUUUUUUUUUUCCCUUGGGUUUUUAUUCUUGGACCUGGUCCUUCUGUGUAAAGAAUGCAUGUUUGUGCAUCUUCUCCACACAGGUCAGGUGAAUGAGCAGCUUGUGUUGUUUGUGCGUGUGAAUGUGUUUUCUGUCCAUGUGUGUUCUAGAGAUUUCUUCAAGAAACAUCUCGAGAAAUCAGAUCUGAGUUUGGAUAGAUUGCCUGCCAGCUACAAUUCUCGUUUCAUUAUUUGGCCGUUGCUAGAAAUGGCACUACGCUGCAUGAACAGUAGGUGGCAGCAGUAUUAUUACUAUUUUCUAUACUCUGAAAGAGUUUGCCAAACAAAAGUAUUCUAAUCACUGUUCUAAAAAUGUUCCUUUAUUUUUAACAGAGUAUUGAUUAAUACAGCAGAUAUUUAGUUCAGCAUUGUAACAAAUAUUUUUUUUUUUAUUUAUUUCUUUCAAGAUUGUGGUCACCUUUCUCAUUGAAUGGAGGAGUGUUGGCAAGAUUGUUGAUCCUUUUCAUCUUUUGUCUUAACUUUGCUGUACUUCUCUGAAAUCCUUCCUUGACGAUGUCAAAAGGAUCACUCCUACUUUCCCUCUGGAGUUGCGUCGUUUGAAACAUUUCUAUUAAGAUGCCUCCUCCACAUUCAAACACACAAAGUACUUACUUGAAUCACAAGUCCUUGUAUUCAAAUGGGUCUUAAUUUCUUACCUAAAAGCAUUUCAAAAGUCUGAAAGGUGUUUGUUAAAGGAAUUGGAGAUAAUUUAUAAAUAUAAUUUCACUGGUUGCAUAUGCACUCGAUAGAUAAUUGUGUCCUUAUGCGGCAUUUAUAUACUAUUUCACUGUGCCUUAUUGAAACUUGAAACAAGGACAUCCCUAUCCUUGUUUUAGGGACCUGGAUGGGUUUGAUAAACAAAUAUCUUUUUUUUUUUUUUUUUUUUUUUACCUCCAAAGAUGAAAUCUUUAAAUGAGAAUUCAGUAGUUUGCGUUUUCUUCAAAAACAACUUUAACGUUCAGGUUAUUACCCAACUCUUGGGUAAGAAUUUGGCAGUAGGAGAAUUCUGUCCCCCUGGUUUAUUAUGUCACACCUAACUUUGCCAAGAAAGACAAAAAGCAACCACUUCUAUUAAUCUGCUCCAAACCCAACAGAUUACUACGUUCCUGGGUCCUGUUCUUAAAAUUACAUUUUGCAGAUUUUUUUUUUAGUAACAUGUUGCAUUUAAAAUAUACUUUUUUAUUUUUAUGAAUUGUAAUGCAAAGCCAACCAUGUCCAAAGUAUCUUUGUACAUAAUGGGCAUGUGAGAAAAGAUUUUUACAAAUAUUUUAUAUAGUUUCUCUCUCUCUCUCUUUUUUUUUUUUUGACUUGGUACCCUAAAAAUACCGCAACAUAAAAUAAAACUAUGCAUGCAUUUUUAUAUUUCAAUGUAUAUAUUCUCAAGUAAGUAUAAGCUUUACGCUCUCUUUACGUAUAAGUGUUUUGUUGCACUUCUGUUCUCUUUGUGACAGUAUUUUCUCACACGGCAUUCCAAUGUUUGUUUAUAUUUAAUUCCCCCCCCCAACUUUGUUUUUGGCAAAACUCCCAAAUACCUUUCAAAAUAUAUGUACAUAUGUUUUGUAUAUGCAUUUUCAGUACAUCAAAUCUUUUUGUUUUUCUCUCCCCAGACAUGUAUGAAGCUGUCAUACUUGCUUAUUAUGCAAUAAAGCCUUAUUUUCUUUAA